AUGGUUACCACUUCACAGAAAACGAUGCUGAAGGAUUUAGAUGGGUUUUAUCCAUUCAGAGAACAGGCACUGUCCAGAAAGUGGAUCGUCUCUGAGGGUGGCCCAUUUCAUGCCGACUACAUCAAUACUCGAUUGGGUUUAUUCAGCGCACUCAUUUUUCGUAGUAUUACAUUUCACACAGCAUCGGUUACUCACCAUAGUGGUCAGUUUGAUAAUAUUGUCACUUGGAGUGACUUUAGACGGAAUCAUCAAGACAAACCUGAGUCAUGGUUUUGCAGUAAUACGGCGUACAGACCAACAAAAGGCCGGUCAACUACAAAUGUCUCUGAACUUUGGAAAUUUAGCAAACAUCUUUACAAUCUUCUACACUCAUCCACAAAACCAUUAUUCUACAAAAUUGUUCAAGAACUAUGUACCCUCACAAGCUGGGGCAUUCUUACCUCAUAUCUCUGCACCGUUGACUUGGUGUUUGCUCAAGUCUUGGAUGCAAGCGAUGAUGACAUAGCGGAAUUCAUUGUGGAGGCAGGAAAGGGAGCGUACAAUACCCUCAAAAAGCUUGGUUUCUCUGGAAUAGCAUUGGAGAUGAAGUAA